AAAUGGAUAACAGACAAUAUCAGAGCUUCAAUUUCAAAAAUAACUAUAAAUCUUUUAUUUUCUUGGCUCUCAAAUCAUAUCUUAUUCAAUACUAUGAUUUAUAAAUAUUAUUAUGUUAACCUUUGAAAUCAAAUAAAAACUGUAUUGCACUAUGCAUUCUCAAAAAAUGUAUAUUUGUUUAAUAUAUACUUUUUUUAUCAUUUUUAUUCAAGACAAAGUAGUUGUGAAAGGAAUUUUAAUGCGAUUGCCAAAAUUUCAAUUUCGCCAAAAAAUAAAAAACAUUCCUCAUUCAAAGCAGAUACGCCGCAUUGGAAGAUAUAUAUAGUAGUUUCAGCCUAAGCUUUGGCGCACAAACAUGUUUAUCGGCAUAAGAAUCGGGACUUUGUUGCUACAUUUCGCAUUUCUUUUGGCAAAUGUGCAGGGAUAUCAAAGUUGUAACUUCGAUGAGAGAUGUGUCAGACUUGAUAUGUGUCCCAACUUGUACCAUUCCAUGAAUGUUGAGGGAAUAAGCCAACGACAAUGCGGCGCGAACAACUUGGCUAGUUCGUUGGGCCAAUCGGUAUUCGUCUGCUGCCCGGAGCCAGGAAACGUCCUGCCAAGUGCUAAGGUUUGUGGCAAGCGACCAAUAGAAUAUCGAAUUUAUCAGGGGGAAGAUGCCUAUCUUAACGACUUCCCCUGGCUAGCCAUGCUUCUAUACCAGGAUAGAAGAUCUCUGAGCUUGAACCUUACUAACCGUUGUGGCGGUUCCCUAAUCAACAAUCGAUACGUCGUGACCGCAGCCCACUGUGUGUAUAACGAACAACAUCACCUAACUUCCUCUUAUCUUAAAAGUGUGCGGCUGGGAGAAUAUAACACCGCCACUGAUAAGGAUUGCACAUAUAAUCUAGCAAAGUGCAAUCCUCCGCAUCUAGAAAUCGACGUGGAGGAGAUUAUUUGCCAUGAGGAUUAUCAAAAAACCAUAAAGUACGAAAACGACAUCGCUCUGCUGCGUCUUCAAACGAGUGUACGCUACUCCGUUGCAAUUAGGCCAAUUUGUAUUCUGGGCAAUCAUCUUCCAUCAGAAUUCUUCAACAUCGCCACCCAUUUUGAAAUUGCCGGCUGGGGCGCUACGGAAAGAAAGGAAAGCAGCCGAGUCUUGCAGAAGGCCACCACAAUGAGAAGGCCUGCACCUGAUUGCGGGGAAUGGAAUUUUUCAUAUGAGACACAAUUAUUUGCGGGUGGCCAGAAUGAAAGCGACACCGGUAAGGGCGAUUCUGGCGGGCCUCUUAUGGCCAACAUGCACCAUUUUACGUAUUUAGCCGGCAUCACUUCAUAUGGAUACACAGGCUGCGAAUAUCGAGGCGUUUAUACAAAAACUCAACCAUUUUACCAUUGGAUACUAUGGAAUUUGAAACCUUAAUCCUUUUUAACCGCAUAUAUAACGAAUUCAAUUAAAUAUGAACAUGUAACAUAUGCUUUACCAAACAAUAAAACAAAACUAUAAACAUGAA